AUGAUCAACCUAUCUGCGAUUGUUGAGGCGAUUCAAAUUUUGUCAAGACUGGAUACAAUUAGCACUCAAGACCUUAUACCAUACCGAUCCACGUUGGAACAAACCUUGCGGAUUAUAGAGAAAAAAUUAGACACUAUUCCGAGCGAGAGUUCACGAUCGGAAACCAGUCUUCAACAUUUUUCCCAGCAGCCUACACCAGCAACUCCCAUUACUUGCUCGGGAUCAUUUGCUUGCAGUGGGACAUCAUGCGCUACCCAUUCGUCAGUGGAAGAGACCGGCGAAAAUAAUGACACGACCGAGGAAGCAUCGGAAGCCUUAGAUGUUCAAAGGCUUAUGGGUGCGCUUCAUGGUGCCCGUCGAUCUGAGAAAGUUUUCAAGUAUUUAUCAUCUCAAAGCGAUCCACUUGCGCAGAACGGUGACGAUUGGGUCCAAGAGGAUCCUCGUGUGGUCGAUAUCCGACUUUGCAACCGAGGCUGCUCACUGGAUGCGUGUUUUCGACGCGGACUUGGACAAAGAUCCCUCGCAAUGGAGUUUGAUGAAUGGGAACGUGAAGUCUUCGGAACAUCACGAGUAUCGAGGCGUUCUCUAGAUCCGAAGGCAAUUGACGAUAACAUCGGGCUCAUCAACAGGUUCCUAGCACAAAACUCUGUUCCCUUCCGAAACAAAGAAUCGGCAUCUCAUGGUAUUAGAGACGGCAUUCGUUUGCUGGUUUUCGAACGGAUAUAUGGUCACGUUGGAGUUUCAGCCAUUCUGAUAUUAUUGUUCACUUUGUUUCGAGAAGUCAAAUAUGGAAGUUUCGCGGCUCUGAAACGUCUGCUUCAAGAGACUGGUGCCUGGCAUAAUCUGGCAAAGGACAAAUCUUCAUGGUUGACUGCCUGUCAAAUUCGAUAUGAUGCAAGGCACACUAUGUGGCAAAAGUUCCAAGGAACUUUGGGGUGUGAAAUUAGCGGAAUUUUGCCCCAUACAAUACCAACUCAACUCACAGCAUUGGGUAAUCCACGAAACCAUGAGCAAAUGCGCGGUUAUCUCAACCCGGGGCUCACAAUAUCAAGAAAUGGCUUCAAUCUUCACCAGCUAGACCCAUAUUCACAUGAUAGACGACAACGUCUGAUUGAACACGAUACAAUAUCAACCAGUCAAGCGCCGCGGGAAAGAAGCGUUCCGCUGGCUAUCUCUGAAUUGAUCAAUCAGGAUUCGGAGCCUCGACCUCUGACUCACUCGAGAAAUACCGAAACAGAUAUGAGCUCUGCCAGGAGCAACAGUAUAGAAGCGGCUGCAUAUCUGACAAGACAGAUACAACCAGUUUUUGAGCACGAAAGUGCAGUCUUGGAACUCCGCACUCGAUAUGACGUGGAUCAAGCUCCACCAAAUUUCAAUCAAUGUGACUUUGGAACCAUCCGGCCACUCAGCCAAGAUGAGACCGUGGAUAUGGAUCUCUGCGCCCAGUUUGGCCCUGGUCGCAUCCCUCCAGUCUUCAAUCAAUUUGACUACGGGACGAUCCCGUCGGUCAGCCAUGACGAGACCGUGGAUAUGGAUCUCUGCGCCCAGCUGGAUGCUGGUCACCCUCCAGUCUUCAAUCAAUUUGACUACGGGACGAUCCCGUCGGUCAGCCAUGACGAGACCGUGGAUAUGGAUCUCUGCGCCCAGCUGGAUGCUGGUCACCCUCCAGUCUUCAUUCCCAGCUAUGGAACUGUUUCAUCGACUACCCAGAACGAAGACCAAUCUGAGGGCCUCCGUAACAAUGACAGUAAUUUCCCAUAUCGCCAACGCCCUAUGCUUUCCGUAUUUUGA